AUGAAACUUUUUUUGGUUCUUCUCUCCGCAUUUUGCCUAGAAAAACACUUCGUAAUUUCAAGCGAAGUGAAGGUUGAACAAAAAGUGGUGCAUUCAUCCCCAUUAUUAUCGUAUCUGGAGGUUAGAUCCACCAUUGACGGUGAACACCAUCUGUACCUGAAAUUUUCGCCUCACAUAAUGCCACGACUACAGGCACUUGACCAACAGGGUCUCAGUUUCACAUUUUUCGAAAAAGAAAAUAUCAUCAGAAUCACAUGCAACGGUCCAUUGGUUUUCACACUGCCCAUUUAUAAAGUUUUGUCACGGGUCUUUUCCUAUCUCGCCAAUAUUGACAGAAGCGUACUAUUGAUUUGCCCGAUUGCCGUGAAAAAGACACGAAGCAGUACGGUGGAAAAACACGUCAUAUUUACUGGAAAUGAAUGUGCUGAUCUUCCACUGAUACCCGACUUUUCCUUUCCAUUUAAAGCAUUCAGCCUGUGUGGUAUUAUUCUUUUUUUCACCUUGAAUUUCUGUGUAACUGAGUUCUGUAAUUAAAAAUGUUAUUUUGCGC